AUGCGCGUGGUCGCCGCUGUGCUGCUGGCUGCUCUGGGUGGGAACGCCAACCCUGGCGCUGAUGACGUGAAGAAGAUCCUGGGCGCUGUGGGUGUUGAGGCCGAUGCCGACAGCGUGUCGCGGCUGCUGAAGGAGCUGGAGGGCAAGGACCUCGCGGAGCUGGUGGCGGCCGGUCGCGAGAAGCUUCAGUCUGUGCCCUCUGGGGCCGCCGCGGCUGCUGCGCCCGCCGCUGGCGGUGCUGCCCCCGCGGCCAAGAAGGAGGAGGCCAAGAAGGAGGAGCCCUCCGAGGAGGACGAGGACAUGGGCUUCUCCCUCUUUGAUUGA